CUGGGCGGCGCUGGCUGGCUCCCUGGCUGCGGCUCCUCAGUCGGCGGCGGCGGCUGCUGCCUGUGGCCCGGGCGGCUGGGAGAAGCGGAGUGUUGGUGAGUGACGCGGCGGAGGUGUAGUUUGACGCGGUGUGUUACGUGGGGGAGAGAAUAAAACUCCAGCGAGAUCCGGGCCGCGAACGAAAGCAGUGACGGAGGAGCUUGUACCACCGGUAACUAAAUGACCAUGGAAUCUGGAGCAGAGAACCAGCAGAGUGGAGAUGCAGCUGUAACAGAAGCUGAAAACCAACAAAUGACAGUCCAAGCCCAGCCACAGAUUGCCACAUUAGCCCAGGUAUCUAUGCCAGCAGCUCAUGCAACAUCAUCUGCUCCCACCGUAACUUUAGUACAGCUACCCAAUGGGCAGACAGUUCAAGUCCAUGGGGUUAUUCAGGCGGCCCAGCCAUCAGUUAUUCAGUCUCCACAAGUCCAGACAGUUCAGAUUUCAACUAUUGCAGAAAGUGAAGAUUCACAGGAAUCAGUAGAUAGUGUAACUGAUUCUCAAAAACGAAGGGAAAUUCUUUCAAGGAGGCCUUCCUACAGGAAAAUUUUGAAUGACCUAUCUUCUGAUGCACCAGGCGUGCCAAGGAUUGAAGAAGAAAAGUCUGAAGAGGAGACUUCAGCCCCUGCCAUCACCACUGUAACGGUGCCAACUCCAAUUUACCAAACUAGCAGUGGACAGUAUAUUGCCAUUACCCAGGGAGGAGCAAUACAACUGGCUAACAAUGGUACCGAUGGGGUACAGGGUCUGCAAACACUAACCAUGACGAAUGCAGCUGCCACUCAGCCGGGUACAACCAUUCUACAGUAUGCACAGACCACUGAUGGACAGCAGAUUUUGGUGCCCAGCAACCAAGUUGUUGUUCAGGCUGCCUCUGGAGAUGUACAAACAUACCAGAUUCGCACAGCACCAACUAGUACCAUUGCACCUGGAGUUGUUAUGGCAUCUUCCCCAGCACUUCCUACACAACCUGCUGAAGAGGCAGCACGAAAGAGAGAGGUUCGUCUAAUGAAGAACAGGGAAGCAGCUCGGGAGUGUCGUAGAAAGAAGAAGGAAUAUGUGAAAUGUUUAGAAAACAGAGUAGCAGUGCUUGAAAACCAAAACAAGACACUGAUUGAGGAGUUAAAAGCACUUAAGGACCUUUACUGCCACAAAUCAGAUUAAUUUGGGAUUUAAAUUUUCACCUGUUAAGGUGGCAAGUGGACUGGAUUGGCCACACCAGAAAGACAAAAUAAACAUUUUAUUUUCUAAACAUUUCUUUUUUUCUAUGCGCAAAACUGCCUGAAGCAACUACAGAAUUUCCUUCAUUUGUGCUUUUGCAUUAAACUGUGAAUGUUUCAACACCUGCCUCCACUUCUCCCCUCAAGAAAUUUUCAGCACCAGGAAUCAUGAAGAGACUUCCGCUUUUCAAUGCCCACCCUCCUCAAGAAGUAAUCAUUUGUUUACUUGUAAAUUGUUGGGGGAAAUGAUGAAAAUGAAAUCUUUUUUUAAAAAUGAUUUCAAGGUUUGUGCUGAGCUCCUUGAUUGCCUUAGGGACAGAAUAACCCAGCCCCUUGAGCUGAAGUAAUGUGUGGCCGCAUGCAUAAAGUAAGUAAGGUGCAAUGAAGAAGUGUUGAUUGCCAAAUUGACAUGUUUUCACUUUUUGUAAAUUAUGUAGAAUUGUUCUAAGAUACGCCCUCUAAACAAAUUUUAAUAUGGCGUUGAAGAAAUUAAGAAUGAAUUUGGAGAACUUCCUUAUGUAUGUUUUCUUCGACAAACUUUUCCUUGGUUCAUAAAAACCUGUAUUAACCAUAACUCUUCCAUAGGGAAGUUGUUACUUCUUAAUUCAGUUCUGUAUGUGUUCAAUAUUUUUGAAUACAUUAAGAAGUAACCAACUGAAUAAAAAAGCAUGAUAUUUGAAUUUAAAAUUAAAUUGAAGAUACAAAACUUAUUUUAGUUAGUACUAAAUCUUAGUAAAAGGAUGCUAAGAAAUGAACCCUUGAGUUAUAUAACAAGGUUCUUAAAUAAAAGUUUUUUUCCUUGCCUUCAAAAAUAUUUAUAUUGUCACUCAUUUACUUAAAAAAAAAAUUCUAAUUUACUAUUGCCCUUUGCACUUACAGUGUGCCACCAACAAGGAAAGUCUUCAAGAUGUUAAAUAAAGCAAAGUCAUAUAUUUAUUUGCUAUAGUAAAAUACUGGAUUUUAAAGCUUUUCCAUAUUAACAUGUUUUACCAGAGAAUCUCUAAUGAAUAAAAAAGUGUGUAAGGAUAUGGUUCUUAAAAGUACAGUGUUAGAUGCGUACAAGGAAAGUAAUUUCAUCACACAUAUUUGAAUGUCUACUGUGCUACAAUAUUCGACUGUCAUUAUUGCAGCACAUUUUUGCCUUUUUUCUAAAAAGGGUUAUGCUAUAGCUUUCCGGUAUGAUUCCAUAUAGCCUUGCUAUUGGUUACAUGUUCUAAUUGCUGAUCAUAAGAGCCUGCAUAUGUGUGCAUCUUUGUUUCUAAUAACAUUUAGUUAACUGCUCAUUGUAUUCACUAAGCUUGACAAAUCUAAAUGUUAUCCUUUGAAAGAAACACCAAGGUGGAUUUUAAAAUUGGAAAUAGCAUAAUAUGACAUUAUACUUUCACAUAGAUAAGUAAUGUUUUAUAAUCACGGGUUAACGAGAUUGUUUGCUUAUCAUAACAAAACAUACAAAAGUGAGUUAUUGGGUUUAUUUUUUAAAGUAAGUUUAAAUUAAUCUUUAUGAAUGUUAUGAUUUUGUUUGUAACAGACCAUUGUCUUUUUUCAAGGAUGAACAGAGUGUAUGAAGGAGCAUCAUUCUCAGAAUUGAGUGAUGUAGUCUUUAUAUUUGGGCAGUUCACCAGAUUCUCAAGAAGGCUCUCAAACAACUGUAAAGUUUGAUGUUUGUCCUGCUGAGCAAAUGGAGAAAGUGAAUAGCAUCAAUAUUGCUUGUUACCAGGAUAGCUAUGUCAUUUCUAAACUUGGUUAUACACAAACCAAGUAAAACCAUAUCUAUUUCACAAUCUGAACUUACUUCACAUUGAAUCAAAAUGUCAGAUGUCAAUAUUUUAAGUGAAAAAUUGCUUGUAUAUAGCAAUUUAUGAUCUCUAAAGCUAUGUUGUUGUGGAUUUUUUCCCAAAAGUUGAGGCUUUCUACUUAAUUAUUCCCUGAUAAAUCAAGGCAGUCACAUUUCUAUUAGCUGAAUGGACUUCUAAGUUACAAAGACUUAGUUCUUUAUAUGUUGAGGGUGACUAUACUGAUUUGAAGUCAGUUAUUUAACAGUAAGGUGACAAAUGUAUGAUGUUGCUAAAUCUGCUUUAGGGCUUUGGAGACUUGAAGAUCCAGUUUAUACAGAUAGAAAUCAAGCAUCAUUUGUGCAGGUUUUUUUAUGUGAGAGAGGAAAAAGAUGUUAGUCUUUAAGCUUAUUACUUUGAGAAUCAUUAUUUUUAAAAUGACAUUUUAAAUCUUGCAGCCAAGAAAUUAUGGCCAUGUUACAAAUGUUUUUCUCUUCAUUUUGGCCAAAAGGGAAUAAAAAUGUCAUCAUAGGAAUCUGUAUAUAUGCUACUGAUUUGCCUAGAAAAUAACGAGUUUGGUAUUGCUCAUUUUGCAAAUAUAGGGCCAUGUGGCACUUUUAUCUAUAGGACAGAUUAAUAAAAAUGAAGUGGGGAGGGGUUUAUUUUUGAUAUAUAACUCUGAGUUUUCAAGCUCUGAUAGUGUUUUAACUGAAAAGUGGCUUAGAAAGGGCUAGGUUCAGUGUGUUCACAUUAUUAAAAAUUUGAUGAGAUAAAACUUUUAAGUUCAUUCUUUUUCAAACUCAAGUACCAUAUUGGCAACUGUAAUAUUGUCAUAGGUGCUCUGUUUGUUUAGAUACUCUUGGGAGUGGGGUUGGGGAAAUGGCAUUUGUAUAAUAGAUAUGUACAUAUAUACAUACAUACAGUAUAUAAUCUAAAGCUCUGAGAGCUCCUAAGUCAGGAAUGCCGAGUAUUAUAGUAUAUUGAGGUCAGAUGAAAUUUUACACUUUGUGUGUUCUAUUGCAUCCCUUCUGCUAGUUUCGAUGACUGCAUUUCUCCAUCACUCAUGAUUUAUAGCUCUUAACUUUUCCAAGCAUUUUUUUAGUCGUUUACUUUGACGCUUUUAAAUACAUUACUAGUCAUUUGAAAACUUCCCCACUCCCGCCAAAAUCAAAGUGUUUGGGUUUUCUGUUUUGUGUCUGGCAGCUACAAUAGUGGUAAGAACAUUUUGAAGAUAGCUUUUUAAAAAGCUUUUAAGAACCACUCAUUUUUCAAAAUUCAUCCUGGGGAGGGACUUUUGGUGUUUGAUUUGAGCAGGGAUUUUAUCAGGAAAUGCGUUUUGAGGUAGGCCAGCAGCAGUGCUCGUGUCUGGAAGCACAAUACCAGUCAGGUAGGCUGUCCAAUCCGAAGUCAUCUGGCUGAAGUUUUAUCUCUGCCUCUCAGGACUACUCCCUACUGUCUUGACCAUUUGGAGUGACAUGUGGAAUCAUACAAAGGCUUAGAGCUUGGAAACAAGUUUGUAUAAACCAGAAUAUUUUCACUUACUUGAAGUGACUUCAAUCUAGCUGUCUUCUUUUGGCUUAAUUUUUAAUUCAGUGAACAAUUACAGUCAUCUGUUAACAUAAUUGGUUGCUUACCAAAGACUGCUUCAUUUUUUGCAGGAAUAAAUAAGGCUAAUGUAAUUAGAAACAGUGGUAACUUUCAGUGAUUUCUAAGAGACUUUAUUUUGUUGCCUUUGUAAUGCUGAAAACUGUUAGUAUAUUAUUUCCCAUAACCUAAUACAAAAGUUGUAUAUUUAUUUGGAUUUUAUUUACAUGAAUAUUUGUAAAUGUUUGGUGUAACUUGCACUUUUAAAAAUGACCUAGUUUGGGUCUUAGCAACUUAUCAAGUCCCCUAAUUAACUGACUUCUGCUUUGUUUUUUUCUCUUUUCAGAUAUGUGACUUUUUUUCUUAGUGGAGGCUUUUCAUUGAUUAAUAUAUACUAGCACCUAAAAGCUAGCCUUUAAAAUAAUUGAUAGGAUUACUGGUUCAUGCCUGUAUUCCUGUCUGCUUGGAGGACUGACACUCACAGCUCAAAGACAACCCACCCAGGCAGGGCAGUUUCUGAGAACCCUUUUCAAUCAAUAGCUAGGCAUGAUGGCACAUGCAGGUACGCCACCAGGCAGGAAGCAAAACCCCAUCUCAAAAAACUAGCACAGAGGACUGGGAAUAUGGCCUAGUGGUAGAGUGCUUGCCUCAUAUGAAGCCCUGGGUUUGAUUCCUCAG